CCACUUGAAUCGCACGAACGUUGAUCGAGAGACCGCCUAAAGUACCGCCGCUGUACCGCUCCGCUUACCGCUCGUAAUAUCGCAUCUGAACAAAAAAAAAAGAAAAUACAUUUUUUCGGUUAUCGGUAACUAUAUCGGUUUCGAUGCCCCUUGCUAUUCAGCCUUUGUGUGCCAGCCAACGGUUUUAAUGUUUUCGCCAGUUUGCAACAAUUGCCAAACCACUUUGAGAACUCCGCGCACCACCAACGCCAAGAUCCACUACAAGCAGAAACACAAACAGUUCACUCUCAGCUGACAAGCAAUUUUCUAAAAUUUAGCCCACUGAACAACGCGAAAAAACUACACCCUCAUUCAAAAAAGAAAUAAAUAAAUAAAUAAACAAACACCAAACAAGUGCAAAAUACAGGGCGUAACAGCGCAGUAAAAACAAAUAUUUAACAGUGCGAAAAACAUAUUUUAUUUCACCCGUGUUCAAAUAAAAAAUUAAUUAAUUGCCAAACAAUAAGCCCCCCGAAACACGGGCGAAACCACGUUCAAAGAUCUCCAGGUCAAAAGCGAGUACAAUCCCCUAAAGCCAACAGACCGCUAAGCGAGGCAGACACAACUGUACCCAUCUAAGCAGAGCUUAGAGCAAACAGCCACCAAAAAACCCCGACAAGUAAUCCCAAUUUCCUUUUUGCUACGCGCACAAGAAGCCAAAAAACCCCUGAACUAUAGAAUGGUAGAAGGUGAUUCCGCAAAGGGCAAAAGCGAAUCCUAUAAUGUAGAAGCUGGACUACAACCAAACUACAACCAGAGCGCAGCAAGCAACCCAACAAGCAACCAUCCCACUGGCCAGGUUAACGCCGCCGCCACCGGAAACGCGAAUCCGCACAUCGACAACCGAGCGAUCAUCCAGCCGUACUCCCUAAACACCGGGGCCAAGCAGCCGGAGUAUCAGUUUGCGGCGGACAAUCGCGGCUACGAGCCGGACAGCCAUGCCAAUGGCAAGCAGCAGGACGUAGAGCGGGAUGCCCCCGAUGGGGGUCAUGGGGGUCACGGUGGCCCUGGGAAACCGCACAAGGGUCGCAAGAAGUCCGCACCCUUGCCGGAACCCACCGCCCCGAUAGUCGCCAACUUCGAGAGGGCCAUCGAGCUGUGCGGCUAUGGCAAGUUCCACUACAUACUGCUGGCCAUCUGCGGACUGGUCAGCACGUCGGAGGAGAUGGACGUCAUCUCGAUGUCGUUCAUCCUGCCGUCGGCGGAAUGUGACCUGGACCUGAACACGGAGACCAAGGGCUGGCUGAACUCGAUCAUCUUCAUCGGCAUGAUGGUGGGCGCCUACUUCUGGGGCAGCAUCGCCGACAGCUUUGGCCGCAAAAAGGUCCUCAUCGUCAUCUCGUUCAUGAACGCCUUCUGCAUCGUCGCCUCGUCCUUCUCGCAGAACUACACCUUCUUCAUGCUGUUCCGGUUCCUCAAUGGUGCAGCUUUGGGCGGCAGUGGUCCUGUGAUUUGGUCGUACUUCGCCGAAUUCCAGCCGAAGGCGAAGCGCGGCUCCAUGCUGAGCUUCAUGGCCGCCUUCUGGACAUUUGGCAACCUGUUCGUGGCCAGCCUGGCCUGGCUGAUCAUCCCGCGGACGAUCGGCUUCGCCACGACGUACUUCACGUACAACUCGUGGCGCAUCUUCCUGCUGGUCUGCUCCCUGCCCUCGUUCCUCGUGGGAUUCCUGCUCUUCUAUCUGCCCGAAUCGCCCAAAUUCCUGCUGACCCGCGGCAAAAAGGACCGUGCCCUGGCCAUUUUCCGUGGCAUUUUCGUGACGAACACGAGGCGCCGGCCGGACGAGUACAUGGUCUACGACCUGGAGGUCGAUGAGAAGCUGCUGGAGAGCAAUGGCAAUGUGAAGAACAAGUACAGCCGAAUGGUCAGCGGCAUGGUGGACCACAGUCGCGCCCUGUUCAAGUCGCCCAUCCUGCGCUUCACCAUCGUCUCGAUCACGAUCAACUUUACAUUCCACAUUGGCUACUACGGCCUGUUGAUGUGGUUCCCGGAGCUGUUCAAUCGCUUCGAGGAGUACGACAAGGCCUUCCCGGGCCAAUCGGCCAGCGUCUGUUCCGUCACCGAGUACGUGGUCAAUCUGGCCAAGGAGCAGAGCAACAACGGCACCUGCUCCUCGGACAUCCCCCAGUCGGUGUUCAUGGAGUCACUGAUAUCGCUGGCCUCCGCCCUGCCCGCCAAUCUGUUGGCCAUCCUCGGCAUGGACAUGCUGGGCAGGAAGUUCUUCCUGAUCGCCGGCACCAUGACCGCCGGCAUCUGUUCGGCGCUGAUGUACUUUGUGCGCAGCUCCGUUCAGAACCUGGUCGUUUCGGCCAUCUUUAGUGGGGCCAUCUCGGCCGCGAAUGCGGCCCUCGACUGCCUCAUCACCGAAGUAUUCCCCACCAAACUGAGGGCCACCGGCGUGGCCAUCUCGAUGGUGGCCGCCCGUUUGGGCGGCAUCAUUGGCAACAUCGUGAUCGCCCAGCUGCUGGACAACUACUGUCCAUCGCCCACGUUCAUUGUGUCGGGUCUGCUCAUCGGCGGCGGUCUCAUGUGCCUGCUGUUGCCCAACACGACGCGCAAGGAACUCAAUUAAUCACCUAAUACCUAUAACUAGACCCCCCUUACCCCCCUUUCCCCCCUCACCCACCACAAUACUAGAACUAUAACCCAGUGGGCCGUCGGUUCAGUUGAUAUUUUGAUAAAAUUGUGGAUCGAGCUCAAAGAAAUACCUGUCUUUUAAGAUCCGUUCAAUAGAAUAUCAACUUGACCGCUAGACUAAUGGGCUUAGUUUAAGUUUCCCUUUCAAAAAUCGGCAAUAUUUAACUGAAUACAAUUCUAAAACCACGACCCGACCCACAAGUAAUUUCCAUGUCCCCAUCCCGCCAGAGGAUCGGGGCUUAUCUGUGUAUAUAUGGUAUGUGUGUGUGCUACAAUACACGAUUAUUUGUAUCGUCAGUAAUUAUUUAACGAUAGCGAUAACGAGUUUCUUUGUCUGUCUAAUUUUAAACGCCCCUUCCACACGCCAACCCCUCCCCCCCUCCCCCAUCCACCCUACAAAUAUCUAUCUAUCUAUUGGAAUUUAAACGAGCCAACAAAAAAAAUCAGAAACGGGCAAAGGAAGAGCCACACAAAAAUCUAGCCAUCAUAUGGAGAAGAAAAGUGAUGAUAGGCCCAGAAUUUGGAAGAAGAUUUUGGAUGGCACUCCUUUGCCCAAUUGAUAAACAAAGAAAACCCCAAGCCAGCGAGAAGAUAUAGCAGGUAGGAUCGAUUGCAAUCGAUGUAUAUGUAUUGUAUGUACGAUAUGUAUUUUGUGUAGUAGCGGUAGAGAGUAAUAUAUAUAUUUGGCAAGCGCCGGCGCCGGCUGAAGCAGCAGCAGAGGAUAUGAGUAACGGUAAAGCGAAACCCAGGGGAAGAAGAAUAUGCGAUCGGGUCAAAGGCUAACGUACUCCCCCAUCCUGCUGUCAGUUAUUGUUGUUAUUAUUGCUAUUAUUAAUGCAUCCAAUGUAAAACCAAUACGUAUAUAACUUUAUCUAAAUAUUAAACAUUUAUCAAAACCAUUUUUCUAUAACAUAUAUAGUACACAUAUAUAUACAAUUUUUUUUUUGUUUUUUUUUCGUCAUGUAGGACCAAAGCACAGGAAGUGAAAGAAUAUUUGUAAAAUUUAGUUACGUUAUUACAAGUUACGCUACAUAUAUACAAGGAAAACCUAAUAAAAAAAGAACAAACCACAAA